CUGGGCGGCUACAAGCACCCCAGCCUCGCAAGCCUGUCUGCAACGUGGCCGCGUUCAUCCGGGUCGCCCUCAUCUCCCCCAUCCCACUCCCGCUCCAGCAAACUCUUCUGUUCUCUCGCCAGGCCCAGUCAUAUUCCAGGGUUUUCCUUCUCCUGCUCUCCGCAAACGCUGAGCGUCCCAUCCUUAACCAGCUCUGGCUACUUUAGCCAAAGCCGUUCGCAGUCUGAAGACUCAGCUCCCCUGACAUGGCCCGGCAGAAGGGUGGAGGCAGGGCCAACCGCGGAACCGCCCCCAGCCGCCUCCCAGCCUAGGCGUUCGGGCGGGUUGCUGGGGCGCCUCCACCUCCUCUUCCUAAAGCGGCGAGGCGCAGCAGAGCGGCAUCACUGGAGCCCAGGUCCCAGCCACCACCGCACGCACAGCUCUGCAUUCAGGAAGAGGAGCAGCACUGCAGUUGGCCAAAAGCUAGGCGGGCGAGCGUCAGAGAGGCCCCUAUCGAGAAGCCUGGGAGAGCUGCAGAGCUACCCCCGUAGGAGGAGCCUGUCUCUGCCCAAGGCGCCACCACCGCAGAAGCAGCACGAAGUAGCAGUCGCCUCCAUGGCCCACUCACCGGUGGCUGUUCAAGUGCCCGGGAUGCAGAAUAAUAUAGCGGAUCCAGAAGAACUGUUCACAAAAUUAGAACGCAUUGGAAAAGGCUCCUUUGGAGAAGUUUUCAAAGGAAUUGAUAACCGUACUCAGCAAGUGGUUGCAAUUAAAAUCAUUGACCUUGAGGAAGCCGAGGAUGAAAUAGAAGACAUCCAACAAGAAAUAACUGUUCUGAGUCAGUGCGACAGCUCAUAUGUAACAAAAUACUAUGGGUCGUAUUUAAAGGGUUCAAAACUAUGGAUAAUAAUGGAAUACCUAGGUGGAGGUUCAGCAUUGGAUCUUCUGCGUGCAGGUCCAUUUGAUGAGUUCCAGAUUGCCACCAUGCUCAAGGAGAUUUUGAAAGGUCUGGACUAUCUACAUUCUGAAAAGAAAAUUCACCGAGACAUUAAAGCUGCCAACGUCUUGCUUUCAGAACAAGGUGAUGUUAAACUGGCUGACUUUGGAGUUGCUGGCCAGCUGACAGAUACACAAAUCAAAAGGAACACCUUUGUAGGAACUCCAUUUUGGAUGGCUCCUGAAGUGAUUCAGCAGUCAGCUUAUGACUCUAAAGCUGACAUAUGGUCUUUGGGAAUUACUGCUAUUGAACUUGCCAAGGGAGAGCCUCCAAAUUCUGACAUGCAUCCAAUGAGAGUUCUGUUUCUUAUUCCAAAAAACAACCCCCCAACUCUUGUUGGAGACUUUACUAAGUCUUUCAAGGAGUUUAUUGAUGCUUGCCUGAAUAAAGAUCCAUCAUUUCGUCCUACGGCAAAAGAACUUUUGAAGCAUAAGUUCAUUGUAAAAAAUUCAAAGAAGACUUCUUAUCUGACUGAAUUGAUCGAUCGAUUUAAGAGAUGGAAAGCAGAAGGCCACAGUGAUGAGGAAUCUGAUUCUGAGGGCUCUGACUCGGAAUCCAGCAGCAGGGAAAGUAAUACUCACCCUGAAUGGAGUUUCACCACUGUGCGUAAGAAGCCUGAUCCAAAGAAACUGCAGAAUGGGGAAGAGCAAGAUCUUGUGCAAACCUUAAGCUGUUUGUCUAUGAUAAUCACACCUGCAUUUGCUGAACUUAAACAGCAGGAUGAGAAUAAUGCGAGCCGAAACCAGGCAAUUGAAGAACUUGAGAAAAGUAUUGCUGGGGCUGAAGCUGCCUGUCCUGGCAUCACAGAUAAAAUGGUGAAGAAACUAAUUGAAAAAUUUCAAAAGUGUUCUGCGGAUGAAUCCACUUAAGAGAUUUAUUGUCAUUCUUUUUGGCUUCUGUUUCAUGUGGACCAGGAGAAACCCACCAAAGCUAUGUCAACCUUAAUAAUGCUUAACUCAUGAGCUCCAUGUGCCUUUUGGAUCUUUGCCACAUUGAAGAUUUAGAGGAAGCUAUUCAACUAUUUUGUGAUGGUGGCUAUCAUUUUGUAUUUUAAAGAGAUUAUUUUGUAAGGAAUAAUUUUAAUACUAUAGUUUUGCCUGUAUUGUAGUAAAUGUUGAGAUACAGUUUUUUUUUUUUUUUUUUUUUUUUUGAUUUGGGGUACCAUUAUUUCUUAUGUUCUUGGAAUGAAUACCGUUUGGUUUGGAAUCUUUAGUUAACUGUACACUCAGUAACAUACAGGUCUUUCAAAGUCAUCCUGAUUAUCAAAUAUUUGCAAACCAUCGAGCUUCUAAAAGCUUUCUUUUUCCCCCACACAAGUAUAUUCUAAAAAGGACUAUUUGUAGUGAGGUAGAAAUAAGUAAUACCUUCUUAAAACAAGUGUUUUUAAGAAGCUCAUGGAAAGAACACCUAUAAAAGUAUUUAUUGACUUUCCUAGCAAGCUAUUCUGAAUUCAGGCAGCUCCAUGUCUAGCACCUUGGAGAACCUUGUGUUUGAAGCAUUUCCAUGCAACAUGUAGCAGCAGAAGUACCUCUCAGUGUAUUCAUCUUCUCUUUCAGAUGGAAGGAGCAAUUAACUCUUAUUUAACAUGGUUAGACAUUUAAAGUAAUCUCAUUUGGCCAAGAAUCGGGGUUUGGUUAGAAUGGUGGAGUUAGUCUGGCUUCAAUCUUCAAAUCUUCAGCUCAAAUCACACAUUACAUGCUUGGAUUUAGAAAACUUUUAACAACCAUUUUGUCUUGUGAUUAAAUACCUGAUCAAUAGGUAUGAACAUAACUUUAUACCAGCAUUUUUUUGUCAUGGUAAUGCAUUUUUGUAGAAACUAUUUAUACAUUUUUCUUUAUAAUUAUCCACACACAUAAGUAUAGUGUGUUCAAUUCUGAAGGGGUAUUUAAACGAACAUUGUCCAGCUCAUAUGAAAAUACCAUAGGGCAGGAUCAUAUAAAAGUAAGAUAGGCUGUGCAGUGAAUUUUAAGUUCUAUUUAUGGUACUGUUAAGUGAGUAAUAGCCUUUUUUAGCCCAAUAUAUAUACUGUGUUUGCCCAAGUGCUGAACUAGGCUAUAGUUUUGUAGCUGUAGAAUUGUUGGUACUAAUUUCAACAGUUAAGAUUUUAAUGUUUGUAUCUUUACAUUUGAUUUUAGCACAAAACAUUUUAAAAUAUCUGAGUAACUGCCAAAUGUGAAAAAGAAAGAUGUUGUAUGAGUAGCCAAUGCAGUUUUUAAUUGAAGUGUCAAUUACAUCCCUUCUUUAAAAAAAGAAACACAAAUAUUUGAAAGGUGGAACAUCAUGUCGUAUGUUCAUUGGUGCCUAUACUGUAAUUGUUGCUUUGCGUUGACUUGUACCUUGAAGUAAUGAUUUGGUUAGUUUUUACAUCCAUGUUGUAACUGAAACUCAAUUACAGUUCGUUCUCCAUAGUGCUCUACAAAUAAUUGUGUGACUUGAACAAUGGGUGACAUUCAUAUUUUUGUGAAAAUAAAAACAAGUUCAUAGAUUGAUUAUGGAAAACCAUACCACAUAACUGCAUCCCAAAUACAACUGGUACUGCUUACUCAUUAUAGCGUUAGUUCUGUAGACCUGUUUCUAGGUGAAGCAUACGUCACUGUUUGCAGGAUUUUAAAAUAAAUAUUUAAAUUUUA